GAAGAAAAUGUUUUGGUGAAUUUUAUUGUUAGCGCACAGAAACGUGCCCACCCUGUUACCAAAGAAACCAUUAUGUCAUUGGUAACUAGUCUUCUUUCGGAUGAAAGGUUACUUAUGGAAGUAAAUAGAAACCGUCCCUUUCAAUUUGGAAGAUCAGGGACUCGACAGCCAGGGAAUAAAUGGUAUAAGCUAUUCCUGUCGAGGCAUCCUAACAUAGUUGCUCGCAUGACUGAAUCAUUAAGUGCGAAUAGAAGAAAUGUAUCACAAGCUGUCAUACAACAAUGGUUUGCUGAUAUAAGAUCGUACCUCUCUGAACAUGACCUUCUUGAAAUCUUUCAGGAACCCCAGCGUAACUAUAACAUCGACGAGUCAGGGUUCCAGUUUUCACCCAAGGUUUCCAAAGUUUUAGCUGCUAAGGGUUCUAAAAAUGUACCGUAUGCGACAUCUUCAAAAGAAAAGGAAAGAAUCGCUGUUCUAGCUAACGUUGGUGCCGAUGGCUCUCUCCCUCCACCGCUUAUAAUUUAUCCUAACCUUCGUAUUCCUAUGAAUGUAUACGAAGCCAUUCCAUCCAGUUUAUUUGCAAUCGGAAAAAGUGAAUCGGGAUAUAUUAACCAUCAGGUGCUUUAUGAGUAUCUCACUAAUGCAUUUGACCAAUGGUUAACUUAACAUAAUAUACAAAGACCAGUUAUAGUUUGGUCCAACAAACAUGAAUCGAGGCUGCAAUUUCAUUUAGUUAAAACCUUAGCAGACCUGCAAAUAAUGCUUAUAUUGAUCCCACCAAACUGUACCCAUUUCAUGCAGCCUUUGGA